CGUCGUACAUAUUUUUAAAUCUGAAUGUGUGUGUAUAUUCGCAAUUAAAAAAGAAAUUCAACCAUCUCCUUUGAACAUCAUCAUCUUAUUCUCUGGCAGAAAGUAAUGGUGAAGGAGAGUGAUUAUUACGAUGUUCUUGGAGUUAGCCCCACCGCCACUGAAUCCCAGAUUAAAAAAGCUUAUUACAUCAAGGCACGUCAGGUCCAUCCAGAUAAAAACCCAAAUGAUCCUCUUGCAGCACAGAAUUUCCAGGUUUUAGGAGAGGCUUAUCAAGUGCUGAGUGAUCCUGGCCAAAGACAGGCUUAUGACACAUAUGGGAAAUCAGGAAUUUCAACCGAUGCAAUCAUUGACCCUGCUGCUAUUUUUGCAAUGCUUUUCGGGAGUGAGCUCUUCGAAGAUUACAUUGGACAACUGGCUAUGGCAUCUAUGGCUUCUUUGGAUAUAUUCACAGAAAACGAGCAGUUUGAUGCUAAAAAGUUGCAAGAACAAAUGAGGGUUGUCCAAAAGGAAAGAGAAGAAAAGCUUGUUCAAAAACUUAAGGAUCGGCUGAACCUAUACGUUCAAGGAAAUAAAGUAGAUUUCAUUAAGAAUGCUGAAGAGGAAGCAUUAAGACUCUCAAGUGCUGCAUAUGGUGUUGAUAUGUUGAACACAAUUGGUUAUAUAUACGCAAGACAGUCAGCAAAAGAGCUUGGUAAGAAAGCUAUAUAUUUGGGCAUGCCAUUCGUUGCUGAAUGGUUUAGAGAUAAAGGACACUUUAUUAAGUCCCAAGUUACUGCAGCAACAGGCGCAAUUGCGUUGAUACAGCUUCAACAGGACAUGAAAAGGCAGCUCAGCGCAGAAGGGAAUUACACUGAGGAAGAGCUUGAGGCAUACAUGCAGUCACACAAGAAGUUGAUGGUUGAUUCACUUUGGAAGCUUAAUGUAGCUGAUAUUGAAGCGACUCUUUCUUGUGUUUGUCAGAUGGUUCUACAAGAUAACAAUGUGAAAAAGGAGGAGCUCCGUGCAAGAGCCAAGGGAUUAAAAACUCUUGGUAAAAUAUUUCAGAGGGACAAAUCAUCUAAUAGCAAUGAAAGUGAAAAGGCAACUAGCAGUAACACCUUUAAACUGAAUGGAAGUGAAUCAGUGAACGAUACUGGUUCUCCAAAUAAGUCAACCAUGGGGGAGAGAAAUGAUACUGCAUAUGCUUCACAGAGCCCCUAUGUGGAGGCUCCUAAGAUUGCAGGCACACAAAAUAACUUUAACUUCCCAGUGCCAACAGCACCACCUGGGGCACUCAGACAUUCAUGAACUUGGUGUGCUGCUACAACUUGAAGAAUUAAGUAUAUUGACUACUUUAGCAAUUAUUCUAUUGCCGCAUUUAGGGGGAUUAUAUUGUUUACUGUGUUUUUGUUGGGGGGAGGUGAAUGCUGCUCGAGCUGGGCAAGGAUGGUGUAAUAUAUACAGCUGGCAGAAGAUAUCUAUAGAGAGUACAAACAAGGUAUAUACUAUAUGGGGAAAGAUAGUGAUGAUUUAGGGUUCGGUGGCCAAGGUGGCUGCUUUGUAUUGGAACAUUCCAAUUUUUCUUGUGUUAUAUGUACAUUGUCUCUAGUAUUUCUAUCUUUAUAGGUUGAGGACACUUUCCCCCUUUUUUGUCCCAAUUCAUGUUAUUUUCUUUUA